AACACUAAUCUGAGAGCUCCUACACCUACAGUUCGUACUUUUGUUUUUUUUCAGAAAAUUACCUGUCAAUUAACUCUUGAGAACUCUUUCGGUCUGGUGCCGAGGCGGAAUUGACUAGCUAAUAUACCUCAAGAAUGCCCGCGGUCGAGGAGGCACAAAUAACUAGAUAUCUUUCAAAGUACAAGUAUGUGGGAGCCACCAAGAAGGAUGUGGUCGAUGUGGUCACGACAUAUAGAAGUUUGACCUAUGAUCUUCAGCGGUUCGUUUUCAACGACGGCACCGCCAAGGAUUUGUUCACUUUACAAGGAACCAUACCCGUUGUCUACAAGAAUAACACGUAUCACAUUCCUAUAUGUAUAUGGCUUAUGGACACCCAUCCACAAAAUGCGCCUAUGUGUUUUGUGAAACCCACUCCCACCAUGCAGAUAAAAGUGUCCAUGUAUGUGGACCACAAUGGAAAAGUGUACUUGCCAUAUUUACACGAUUGGCAGCCUCACUCAUCGGAUCUGCUAUCACUCAUCCAGGUGAUGAUGGUGACCUUUGGAGAUCACCCGCCGGUGUACUCCAAGCCGAAGGAACAAAUAGCGGCGCCAUACCCCAAUAACUCUUUCAUGCCUCAGCCCGGAGGUGCUGGGCCCAGCAGCUCGUAUUUGCCGUAUCCCACUGCCGGUGGUGCUGGUGGAGGCAACUUUCCGCCGUACCCCACUGGCUCUAACUUUGGAUCUCCCUAUCCUCCGGCCGGCGGAGGUCCGGCUGGUCAUGGCGCUGGUUAUCCGCCCUACAUGAAUUUCCCUCAACCAUCCGGUGGCUAUCCACCAGCUGGGGGCUAUAAUCCAUCAUCCAAUGCAAGCUCCACUGGAACCAUUACGGAGGAGCACAUUAAAGCAUCACUAAUCAGUGCCGUGGAAGACAAGCUGCGUCGUCGCCUUCAGGAAAAAGUAAAUCAGUAUCAAGCAGAGAUUGAAACGUUGAAUCGGACCAAGUCAGAGUUGGUCGAGGGCAGCGCCAAGAUCGAUUCUAUUAUAUCGCGCUUAGAGCGUGAGGAAGUCGACUUGAAGAAAAACAUUGCCGUGCUGAAGGACAAGGAAGAGGAGCUGGAGAAGAGCCUUGCAACGUUGGAGAGCGCCGAGGCGAUCGAUCCAGAUGAGGCGGUGACUACCACCGCCCCACUAUACCGACAAUUACUCAACGCCUAUGCCGACGAAGCUGCCACCGAGGAUGCCAUAUAUUAUCUGGGUGAGGGACUGCGCGGUGGCGUCAUCGACCUAGAGACUUUCCUAAAACAUGUUCGUACGCUGUCUCGGAAGCAGUUCAUACUUCGAGCCACCAUGCAGAAGUGCAGACAGAAGGCCGGGUUGGCCGGAUAGAGACCAUCCUAACCACACUAGUUGAGAUGUUCAGUUUCCGAUUCGUCAUGUUUCGAUUUAAAAGUUGCAGUGAUUUUUCAUUCGAUGGGGGUAUUGCACGAGUAUAGACGAUUUAUAUGUGUUAACAUAAUAUAUAUUCGACAUUGUUUUAAGCGCAAAUUGAAUCUUAAAAAUUGAAAUUACAAUAAACUGAAAUAAAAGAA